UAGAUUCUGGCAACAGUCAAUGACGUCAUCGACCAGUCAAGCCGACAGGCAGCUUCAGCUGGGUUGUUUAUGUUCAGUGGCGACGUCGACAUCUUCUACUUCUUGUUUCGCGUCGAUUUUUCCCCCGGCCGUCACUCUCCAAACGCUGAAGGAACUCGGCUCGAUUGGAGUAUACCAGUGAGUGAGGGUUAAAUCCGCUCACAGGAAAAUACACAACCAUGUUCGGUUUCCUGAAAAAUGUUGUCGAGGAAGCCGUCGACACGGCCAACGAUGAUAGGAACAGGCAAGGCCGUCAGAAUUACGGUGGCCAGCAGCCGUACGGUGGCCAGCAGCAGUAUGGUGGUCAGCAGCAGUGAGGAGGUGGCCAGCAGCAGGGAGGAGGUGGAGGAGAUUUGGUGUCUGGUCUGAUCGGAGGUUUCCUCGGAGGUGGUGGUGGGGGCGGGAAUCAGCCACAGAAUACCGGCCAGUACGGCCCACCGCAGGGAUACUAUGGCCCUCCUCAAGGCCAGUACGGCCCACCACAAGGGCAGUAUGGCUAUGGUCCUGGCCCUUACGGACCACCACCACCUCAAGGCCAGUAUGGCCCCGGGCCCUACGGCCCACCGCCUGGCCAGUACGGGGGGCCAGGUGGAUACGGCCCUCCACCGCCGCAGCAGGGAGGUGGUGGCGGUGCUGACAUGACUGGUCUGGCAGCGAACAUCAUUGGUGGAAUGAUUGGAGGUGGUGGCAGUGACCCCAACAACCAGGGUCAGAGGAAGAAUGACAACAUGAACCAGCUGAUCGCUGGAAUGGCGUCCAACUACAUCGGAGGAAUGGUGAAGCAAGGAGGUCAGGGUGGCUACCAGCAGAGUGGCAAUGCAGGAGGGGGAAACCUCAUGUCUGGCAUUGCUUCGUCAUUGAUUGGCGGCCUCUUCAGUGGUGACAGCGGACAGAAUACUAAGGAAAGAACCGGAUUUGAUGGAGGCAUGGUAUCUGGCAUCGUUUCUAACGUCGUGAGAGGCCUCAGAGGAAUUCCCCAGGCUCCCACUGCUCCCAGCAAUGCUGUCAAUGACGACAUUGUCGCAGCCGUUACCUCAUCGGUCAUUAAAGAGAUUGUUACCCAAGACACCGACGGGAAGAUCUUGCAGUCCAACGACCCCAAUGCUAACAGCCCAGUGGUCACGAACAUUGUUUCAAAAAUUGUUCAGAAUAUCAUGAGUGGCCGCGCAAGUGGUAGUGGCGGUGGGGGAGGAGGAGGAGGAGGGGGCAUUAGUGGCGAUUUAAUCGCUGGCAUGGCCUCCCAGUAUGUUGGUCACUUAAUCAGUGGCAAGAGCAGCAACCAGUCUCAGCGAUCUGAAGAUGACGUGCUCUCUGGCAUUGCAGCCAAUGUCAUCGGAGGAUUGUCCGGCGGUGGUAGCGGAGGUGGCGGAGGCGGCUCCAUGUCACAGGCAGGAGGUUCCAUUGCAUCGAACAUAAUUGGGAAAAUUGUCAGCGAUGAUGACGGGAAAGAUAGUCGUCAAGGUAGUCGCGAAGGUAAUCGUGAAGGUAGUCGUGACGGUAGUCGUGACGCUGUUGUUUCAGACGACCUUCUCAAACAGAUUGUGACUGAUGGGCCAGGACCAGUUCUCCCAAACGGACCCACGGCAACAGGCUACCCCUCCAGCGGGUUUCCGAGCAUCCCAGGAUUACCUGGGCUGCCUGGUUUCCCCGGAGGUGGGCCUGGUCAACCAGGAGGGAGUCAGGUGAGGCCAGGGGCAUCCAUAUACCGGCCAAUUGCUGCCACGGCCGUGGAGGCCGUUCUAGGCAACAAGCUUGGCUCUGGAGUGGUCAAUGAUGUUGUGAAAGAAACAUCAACCGAUGUGCUAGCAGAAGUCAUGGAGGGUGCGAUGGGAAGCCAAUUUUCCAAGAAGGAAGAUGGCGAGGUUUUGGAGAACUUGACCCAGAGUCACGUCGAUCCUUCGAAGCAUCGCAUUUUCCCAGAUCCAGGUUCCCUCAUCAACUCCUUCAUGACGAAGGGUGCCUACCACCUCCGAAAUCGCCUCUUCGGCAAGGGAGGGGACAGCGUGCAACGCCAGAAAAUCACCCCGGCCCACUCUGUGUUCAGGUUCGGCGAGCGUGGAUCUGGUCUCCGUCCCCGUGGCCAGGUGCAAGACUUCGCCUCCAUCCGCCAGCAGUGCAUUGACGAAGGGGUCCUCUUUGAGGAUCCAGACUUCCCCGCACAGGACAGCUCCAUCUUCUUCUCCCGCAGUCCUCCCAAGCCCUUCGAGUGGAAGAGGCCCCACGAGAUCAUGGCGCUCAAGGAAAUCACUGGAGAACCUCAACUCUUCAUUGAUGGCGCUUCUCGUUUUGAUGUCAAGCAAGGAGAACUUGGUGACUGCUGGCUCCUGGCUGCCGUGGCCAACUUGACCCUGAACAAGCGUCUCUUCUAUCAGAUUGUGCCAAGUGAUCAGAGCUUCGGCGAUAACUAUGCCGGCAUCUUCCACUUCAGAUUUUGGCAAUAUGGACGGUGGAUUGAUGUGGUGGUUGAUGACAGACUCCCAACGUUCUAUGGUCGGCUGGUCUUCAUGCACUCCGAAGAGAGGAACGAAUUCUGGUCUGCACUUCUUGAGAAGGCUUACGCUAAAUUGCACGGCUCUUACGAAGCACUGAAGGGAGGCACCACUUGCGAGGCCAUGGAAGACUUCACUGGCGGUGUCUCUGAAAUCUACGACCUGACAAAAGCUCCGCCAAACCUCUUCAGUAUCAUGCUCAAGGCUUAUGAACGUGGAUCGCUCAUGGGGUGCUCCCUGGAGCCUGAUCCCAAUGAGGUAGAAGCCCGCUGCGAUAACGGCCUGGUCCGUGGCCAUGCCUACUCGGUGACGAGAGUCAAGUAUUGCGAAAUCAACACCCCUAGGGUCUCGGGCAAGAUUCCCCUUGUACGUAUCAGGAACCCGUGGGGUAACGAAGCAGAGUGGGUAGGGCCCUGGAGCGACAAGAGUCAAGAGUGGCAGUUCAUUCCUGAAGAGGAGAAAGAAGAGAUUGGCCUUACCUUUGAGCAUGAUGGAGAAUUCUGGAUGUCUCUCAAGGACUUCUUGGUCAACUUCACCAUGCUGGAAAUGACCAACUUGAACCCCGACUCCAUCGAAGACGAGGACAUAACAAGCUCCGUCCACCACAAGUGGGAGAUGAGCGUAUUUGAAGGGGCUUGGAUUAGAGGCUCGACGGCUGGAGGGUGCAGGAACUUCCUUGACUCAUUCUGGCACAAUCCUCAAUACCGAAUCACCCUGACGGAAGUGGACGACGACGACGACGACAAUAAGUGUACGGUCAUCGUCGCCCUCAUGCAGAAGAACAGGAGAUCACAGCGUAAACUGGGUUUAGAGUGCCUUACUAUUGGCUUUGCCAUAUACCAUUUGCGUGAUCCUGACAGUGCACCCCGGCCUUUAGAUCACAGCUUCUUCAAGUACACGGCCUCUGUGGCCCGAUCCCCGUCCUUCAUUAACAUGCGUGAGGUGUCUUGCCGUUUCAAGCUACCUCCAGGAACUUACUGUAUUGUUCCUUCCACCUUUGAACCCAACGAGGAAGGUGAAUUCAUCUUGCGUGUCUUCUCUGAGAAAGCCAACGAGAUGGAAGAGAAUGACGAAAGCGUCGGCGUUGGAGAGGUUGACGAAAGGGAUGAUGGACCACCAGGUAUCCCCAGAAGCUCACUGGUGCCGAAAGUCAAACCAGAGGGUGACGAGGCCCAGCAGAUCGAAGCCGAUGAAAGGAUCCGAGGCUUCUUUGGAAGGGUGGCUGGCGAGGACCUGGAGAUCGACUGGCAAGAGCUGCAGGAUGUUCUCAACUAUGCUCUCAAGAGAGAGUUUGAUUUUGAUGGCUUCUCCAAGGACGUGUGCCGCAGCAUGAUUGCCAUGCUGGAUGUGGAUCGCUCAGGAAAACUUGGCCUACAGGAGUUUGUCUCACUGUGGACUGACAUCAGACUCUGGAAGAAUGUGUUCAAACUCUACGACAAGGACGGUUCUGGCAAGCUCUGUUCGUUUGAGCUGCGUCAGGCCCUGAACUCGGCGGGUUACAGACUCAACAACCACGUCUGCAAUGCGCUGAUGCUCAGGUACGGCGACAAGGAAGGCAAGAUCUCCUUCGACGACUACAUCAUGUGCUCGACGAAGUUGAAAACGAUGAUGGGCCUUGAGGACGACCCCGAAAGGUUGCAGGAGUUCAUAGAUGAGAUUAUGGCCGAACAGGAGGCGAGAGAGGAGCAAGAAGAUGAGGAACAAGAGCAGUAUGAAGAGUAGUAUCCAGGACAUAAUUGUUCCUUGGAGACUUGCUGUUAGGAUACCAAGAUAUACAUUUAGGGACAAGGACCCUGAAGGAACAAACAGUGCAACAUUCACCUUGGAAGAGUGGAUGGAAGACACGAUGUACUCUUAAAAGAAGGGAGUUCCUCCGGGUCACGUAAAAAAACAAAAAAGUUGUUGAAUUUCUUCCCGAUCCACAAAUUAGUCCGUAAGAUAUAGACCUAUAAUUUGGUGCUGUACUUAACAUUGGCAGAUGGACGGUACCAUGUGCCUAUUGUUACGUCGAGAGACGAAUGUAUAUCUUUCUAUAUUGACAUAAGAGGUCCUAAUAGAUUUCGUUUUCAUGAUGAAUAUGCAUCUGUAGGUAGCUAGUGGUAUUAUAUACAUACCGUAAGUUAAAAUUUAUGAAAACUCAGAGAAAUACUAUAUUGGGUGGGGGCAGGGUUUACAAGACUAGAAUUUUACCUACUGUAAGUUAUAGACAGUAUGUCUAGCCAUAAUUUUUCAAAUUUUCAAGUCAUUGUUUCAGAAUUUACGCACUAUGUGCUUGUUGAAAGAUGUUCCCUCGUCAAGGGAAAAGGUUUAAAUGUAAUUGCAGUGCUUAUAUGCAUUUUGUUUUAUCAUUUGCUUAUGUCCCCUUUUUAUAUUUUUGUGAAUAUUUUCCAGUUUUUACAUGGAAAAAUGAAGUUAUGCAUCAAGAUACUGUAUACUAUGAAAUCUUGAUUAACGAUAGAUAAUCUUAUAUGAAGUAAGUGUAGCCAUACAAAAGUUACAGAAUACUGCCUGAUUUUUUUGUGCCUGUUCUCUCAUUUAUGCCAAAAUUUGAAAUAAAAUGUCUGUUUUUAAUGGAAGAUAGCUGAUGGAGGUGGAAAAUCUUUGCUAUAUUUAAUAAUAUUACAAAUGAUAUUAGUUUUGUAAAAAAAAAUUUUAGUGUGAAUUUCCUUAAUCAUCUCAUUUCUUUGUAGAAGUUAAAUGUAGAUUUUUUAGAGUUUUCUACAUCUGGAUGUAUGCUUUAAGAUUGACUGUGAAUGCACAGCAAAAGUACUGUUUGUUUCAGCUCUCAUGUUGGGAAAUUAUUUUUGUGCAGUGCUUUUGAAUUGAAGCUUUAAAUUAAUUGUUUUGUCUUUUUUUAAGUUUACAGUGCCGAGGAAUCUUGCCUUUUAUUAUUAUCUUGCCAACACAGUGGGGUACGGUUUUGCAGAUGUGUUGUCGAUAAAAACAGUAUUUUUAAGAUUAUUCAGCUCUGUACUGUAUUCAGAAGUGAUAGGUGAAUUUCAGUUUAAAUAAAAAGUAUUAACCUG